AUAUAAUAAAUAAAACCCGUGAAAGUGAGAUGUUCCUCCUUCUUUCUCAAAGUACAAAACAGGGUUUGCAACUCUCCGGCAAAAGAAUGAAAUUUCCGACUUUAAUCCUCACAUUUUUCAUCAUAGCUUCCUUCUCACAAGCAACACCAAUAGCCACUAAGCCUCAAGCCAACGAAUCUUUCAAACCGAACCAAACCCAGUUGCAGCAGCAGAAAGAGGGUAGCUCCUGCACUUACACGCUCACCAUAAAGACUAGCUGCAGUUCUCCCUCAUAUACAACAGAUCGUAUCAGUAUUUCAUUUGGAGACGCUUAUGGCUAUCAGGUUUAUGUUCCAAGACUUGAUGACCCUUCUUCAGGAACAUUCGAGCGGUGCUCUACGGAUACGUUUGAGAUAUACGGACCAUGUACAUACCAAAUCUGCUACCUAUACCUAUACAGGACAGGGUACGAUGGUUGGAUACCAGAUAAAGUGACCGUACAUGGUUAUAACUCCAAGCCUGUUACAUUUUACUACAACACUUUAAUUCCUUAUGGUGUUUGGUAUGGUUUUGAUUAUUGUCGUGGUUAUGCUUCUUCUGCUACAGCAGUAGUGUAGUCGACUUUCUUAGCCCCAAGAAAAAAUCAAGUAAAAUAAGUGAACCAUGUUAUGUGGGUUCUCAAUGUAAUGGACCUUCUACAAUCCAUUUUUUAUAUGGGUUUUCUUUAUGUCUCUAGGCUUUACUAUCUACGUCCCACAUUACUAUGUGAUAUAUUCGAUUUGAAAGACUGGUUAUUUUUGUCCAUAUACCAAGGCUUGUUUGUGGUUAUUAGAUCUUGUUGAGAUAUAUAAUCUCACCCUUUGAGCUAGCUUUUGGGUGGUGUAUCCCAAAGUUCUUUACAUGGUAUCAGAGUCUCGCUCUCUUCCCCACUUUCUCUUGUGGAGUUUCUUAGCACAGGUAGGCUGGGCCUGUUGCAUUCUCCACGCUUCAAGCCUAAAGGUCUCUUGCGUAAGGGGACGUGUUGAGAUAUAUAGUCUCACCUUGGUUGUAU